AUGGACGAACCUCGGCGAAGUGAAGCUACGUGCAAUUUGGAGACCGCAUUGACCCAGCCCAAGCAGCCGUCGGGGCAGUGUCUGCUGAGACUCAACCAUGACCUCAAGAACAUCAUUGACAACCCUGUGCCAGGAAACUUCGUCGAGCCCGAAAAAGGCAACGUCACCUACGUCCACGCCGUCAUCGUGGGACCCGACAACACGCCGUGCCAGGGAGGCUUGUUCCAUUUCGUGCUCAAGUUCCCCCUUGACAACCCAGCCUGUCCACCACAGGUACGCUUCAUGACGACAGACGGCGGAAGGGUGCGCUUCAACCGGAAAAUGUACAGCAGUGGGCUCAUCUCGUUCAGCAUUCCGGGCACGUUUGACGGACCUUCGUGGAACCCGGAGACGACCCUGAAACGCUGGUGGUUUCGAUCCAGUCGUUGCUCAUUGAUGGGACGGGAGUUCGAAACUUGGCUUGAAAAGACGAUCGGUUGCAACGCCAAACUGUGCUCCCAGAUCUUCAGGGUUGUGAUUUGCGACGCACUCGAGGUUCGCCUUCUCGGCAACUCGUUGUACCCGCAGGACCUGCCCAUGGCUGUGAUUAAGCACUUCGAAGAACAUUUUGACAAGUACGAAAGUGUAGCCUUGUCCCUACUUGGCAAACACUCCAGCGUGAAGGAAUCUCAGCUGUACGCAGCGCUACUCGCGAGACAGCAAGGCUUGCAUGGUCAUAUACUGCAAAACAAUUCAACGAUGAUGAAAAUGUUACAAUGCGGCUACAAAGGCUUCAUGAACUGCUAG